AUGAACUUACAUAAAGAUGCUGCAACUGUGUCAUUUGGAAAUGUUCGGACCUAUCGAACACCUUUGGUCGUAGUUCGCAACAGCCUGCACAGGAUAGACGCCGCAGUUUGGGUACGCCGGCUGAAAAUCUGGAUAUCCACCAUUGAGAAUACCACGGAACAUCCAGGCGUUCAAGAUGUAUACAAAAUUCACCUGAGCCCACAGUGGCUAAAGAUUCGUCCGCUAAUCGCCGCUGACCUGACUAAUGCUGCUGAGACACCGAUGACAUAUCUAGAAAUGACUUUGGACCUGUCUAUCUGCAGCAAGUACGAGAUGGCUCAGCAGGUAGAGUGCGAAUUUACUCGCCGGAAGGUCCGUGAUUCAAACCCGACCUCUGCAUCUCGAUCGCUGCUGUCUAGGGUUGGGUAUAAUGCAGUAUCUCAGCGCUCGUGCCUACGUCGUGUGACAUGGAAGCUGAGCACAGAAAAGGUGUUACAGCCGAACGACUUUUUGUUUUUAUUUGCGGCGAAACGAGUGACUGACAUGGGCAAGAAAAUAUAA